UAGGUAGUACUCGCACGCUUUUCCCACACAACUUCUCCCACUUCAUCAACCACCAUUUCGCACCAAGCCUCAUGGAAAUGUCUCACUAGCUCAUUCUUUGGAGAAUGGGCUGCGACUAAUCUGCGACUAACCCCAUUGACGAAUCAUGGCCUCAUCAUUCAAGUUGGUCCCUGCCGAUCGGCUAUGGAAUGUCUGGUAGCUCCGCAAGCGUGGACCGUUCGCACCAUAUGCUGAUGUCAUUGCCCGCACGAGAAGCUGUCAUCGAUUUACGCCUCGCAUGAGACACCAUGGAGCGAAUGAGCUGGUCUUUGGAUGAUGCCAUGGACUCGUCACAGGUAGCUGAUCUAAACAAAGCUGAGCUCCGAGCUUGGUUGAUGAUACAACUCGACAAAUUCCAUACUUACUCACCUUACCUUACCCCCUUCAAUCUACCUAUUUUCGAAGGACCUUUGCUAUCCCGUAUCACAUCAACUACACAACCCACAAGUCACACAACGAAAAAAUUUCUCAAAAUGUCCCGUCAAAACUACGCAGUCCCCUUAAUGGGCGCCGCAGCCCUCUUGGGAGGUGGCAUCUACUACGUCCGCCAACCCUCCACAUCCUCAGGCGACCCUGCCCAACAAAUCGCAAAUAACGCAGAUAAUUCCCGCCCGUCUUCCGACGCAGUCGCAGAGCAGCGCAAGAAAGCCGCGGACGCGAAACGCGACAAUGGUCUCGGCGGCGCGGGCAUUGGCACCAACACGGGUGCCACCGGUGGCGCGGAGCUGAGCACCGGCAACCGGGGCGGCAGCAGCGCCGACCGCGAUACUCCCAAGGGUCCGAAGGAGAAGUUCCCUUCUGAUGCGGGCGAGAUUGGAGGCGGACCUGGAAGGGCGAACUCGAAUACUAGGGCGAUUGAGACACACGGCCCUUCUAUGACGCCUGGGUCGAGCACAUUGACGGGGGCGUUGACCGGGAAGAGUAAUGGUCCUAGCACUUCUGGAAGCAGUGGCAGCUCAGGAGAAGGGAUUGGUUCCAAGAUCCAAGGGUUCUUCACGAGUUCUAGCAAGAGCAAUGAGAAGCCCAGGCAGUCUCCGGUUGAUACCAAGAUUGUGAGCCAUUCGCCUGAUACACCGACAAACCGUGGUGGAAGUCCUUGGGAUAAGGAGAGGAGGGAUGUGGUCAACCACAACCGCUCAGCAGAGUCAUAAACUUUUAAAUGAUUGCAUACAUGUACCAUAAUCAUCAGAAUCAAGAGCGAGAAUAUUUAUAUCUCGUCAAACCCAACCAAGUAUUAGAAUUUCGCACCAAGC